AUGAGGGCCCCUCACCCCCAACCUGUCUCUGAAAGCACCCGGAGGUCCGCCUCCACCUCGGGGUCGGAGGAGGGGAGGGGGGGCGAGCGCCAGGCUCAGAGGCUGGCCGGUAUCUAUGGCAACCGCUCCCGGCGACGCCCCAACCCUCUCCCCCAUGCCGACGGGCCCCAGCAGCUCGUCCUCCUCUACCCCAACAGCCCCGCCCUCCAGUACCACCCGGUGCUCCCCUCCUUCCCGUAUCUCUCUAGCCACGCCCCCUACAUGUCCGGACACGCCCGCUACCUGUCGGACCAGGACGCCGUCUCCUCGUUGGAGCGCUUCUCCCAGCCGCGCAUGAGGGGGCGGGACUACAAGGCAAUGCCCCGCCCUUCCUUCUAUCCUCUGGGCCAUGACUCCGGAUCCCUCUCGCCCGCCCGCCGCUGCCAACGGCCCCCGGGAGGCUCCGGAGGCCUCGGAGGCUUCGGAUUGGCCAGGAUGUACCCGCCGUCAGGUAGCGGGGGCAGGCUAUUGGACAUUGGCCGCACAGAGGCGGGACAUUACAGCGACGACUGCAACUUCCUGCCCGGGUUGCCGCGGCGAGUGGCCAGCCAGCCCGACGUCAAGUUCCAUAUGUCACGCAGCACAAACCCCGCCUUCGACCCCGCCUCCGAGUUCCGCCCACUGGGGUACUACCCUCACCUGACACGCCCCUCCAGACCCACCUACCUGCCGCUAAGCUCCUCCCCCUUGCCCCAACGCCCCGCCUCCCUCUGCAUGGUGGGGGGCGUCGCCGCGGGCUACAGCGACUCAGACCCGGAGGUGUUCUACCCCUACUACUGCCCACCCCCCCUACCAGGGACGGGGGCCCCGCCCAGGGGGGUCGCCCGCAUGAGGUUCUCCUCUGGGAGCCUCCAGCUGGACGAGGAGGAGGAGGAGGGGGAGGGGGAGGAGGAAGAGGAAGCAAGGGAGAAGAGGAGAGGAGGUGGGAGGAAAGGAAGGAGUGGAGAAGUUGAGAAGGAGGAGAGAAAGAGUGUGAAAGUGGGGGGAGUGACUGAGGUGACUCUCUAGUGUGGAGGAGGGUGGAUCUUAUGGGCGCUUGUGAGCCUAUCAGGAACAAGAGACUCGACCCCAGAGACUCGGUUAAAAACACUCAUUUGUAUUAUUUUUUACUGUUGUUUAGCUGUCGAUGGGGCACGAAUGUGCAAUUAGAACUUAGAAAAGCGGCAUCAUGUGAUGGCCACAAGGGGACGGUAGAGGUACAUACAAAUACUACGUCCACAAAUAAAAUCGGUAAUCGCAGUGCAAAGAUUGGCAUGAUUGGAUUAAGGAUGUCCUUUGUUUUGAGUGUGAUGAUAUGAAUUACUAUUUCAUGUGUAUAAAUAAUACAAAUCUAAAAAUAAAAAGAAUGUAAAUUGUGUUGAUUUGACUUCGUUUUUCACUGUUUCCUCAUCAUAGUAAUUGCUUAUAUGUUUGAUG